UGUAUCCUUAUCAUCAACACAUUGAAUUGGAUAUUUUUAGCCAGGUUGUUUUUUCCCCACUUCACUCAAAAUCACUACAAUCCAUUGAUUCUUACACUCCUGCCAUGCCUACUAAGACCCAAGAUAGGGAAUAUAGUGCAGAGAUUGCCACAACAUGCGUCAUACAGGCACUAGCACAGUUGUUCUUCGCUCUCCAAAUCCACAUAGUCAACCGGAAGAGUUGGAUAGUGGCUUUGAUCAUUGUCUUUUUUGCACUGUGUGGUUUAGGUUUAGGGAUGGCUAAUGCUUGCCUCUUAACGCAACACUCAUCUCUCGCGUAUACCAACACAAGGACGUUUCGUAUCCUGGGUGAUAUUUGUCUCACUGUGUCGACAGUUUGUGAUUUCAUCGCUUCAGCCGCAAUGUGGUGUUUUCUCAAUCCCAAGGAGAUAAUAUCAAGGAAGACAAGGGGCAUCCUGAAAUCAAUACAAUUCUUGGUACUCAAUCGUGGGAUACUCCUCGUGGCUGUGCAAGGCUCAUGUCUGGUCUUGUGGUUUGUUGAACAAACCUACUGGUAUUGGUUGCCUUUUUAUUUUAUCCUCCCCAGCUUAUAUGUUAACCUUACGCUGGCCUUACUGAUCGAACGUGCAAAUAUCCGAGCGAAAGAGAAUGUUACCAAUGCAUCUUUUCAGCUUACAGGAGGCUCUCGACGAUCUUUAGAGUUCAAUGUUGCUAAUUCUUCACGGCCCCAGAUGGCGACCUUUUCGUAUGAAGUGGCCUUAAGUUCAGCAAAUAAUACGGUGGAGACUAAUGAUAGUCACUUGAAUAAGCUUAAAUUGAGCACAGAGAGGCUCGAAGAGGGCUGCAGCGGAGGUGACGCAUAUAACGCAUAGCGAACGGUUGUUGAAUGUGGAAAUGGGCAUGGGGUGGCAGCUCUUGCUUCAGGGCCUACAUCGCCUUAGCCAGGCGUUCGAGGUUUUGGCGCGCCCGUGUUGUCAUGCAGUGGGACUCGGUGUCUUAUAACUUACCGGGGUACCAACCCACGCAAUCGAGAUCAGCGAUCAGCUGGUCAUCGUGAUACCACAGUACACCAUCUCCACAGUCACCUCGGUCGUCCACCUCUUCAUCUACCGGAGAAUGACAACUCAAACACUCAUGCUUGCACGGCUGGCGCCCUCUU